UAGUCAUUUAAUUUUUGGUCACACCUCUGAUUGUCUGAGGCAACUGACCGAAAACCGCAGGAAGCAAACGGAUAUGACGAAGGAAUCAUUGAGGGUAACGGAGAUAGAAGGGAGAGGACGGGGGUUAGUGGCUGCUCAGCCACUCAGGGGCGGCGAAAUAGUUCUCAGAGACUCUCCGAUCCUCCUCUACUCCGCUCUUUCUCUCGUUGCUCCUUCUCCCCAACCUUACUGCCAACACUGCUUCAAAACCUUACAAAAACCCCAACCUCAAGCUCAACCCCAAGUAUGUCCAUUGUGUUCGCACCAUGUCUUCUGCGGCCCGAAUUGCCUCUCCACCGCUCUCUCAUCCUCUCACUCCCCUUGGGCCUGCUAUGCCCUCCGCCUUCUCCGUGACUCCCCUUCGCCGCUCUCCGGCCAGCCGCUCGAGCGGCAGGUCCAGGCUAGUUUCCUGAUCGCCGCCUACAACCUCGCGGCGGUUUCCCCUUCCGAUUUCCAGAUUCUAUUGUCUCUCCAGGGCCAGCCACACGACCUCGCCGACGCCGACACCACGGCUGCUGCCCAGUUUCUUCACUCUCUCAUCUCGACACUCUGUGCUCCCCACCCAGUGUUCCUAGAGCAGCCGUUUACGGUGGAGCUCUCGGCGGCCCUGCUGGCCAAGGACAAGCUCAACGCCUUCGGAUUGAUGGAACCCUUCACGGAAUUGUCGCAGAGAGCGAGCAGGGCCUACGCCAUUUAUCCGAAAGCUUCGUUCUUUAACCACGACUGCCUCCCCAAUGCCUGCCGCUUCGAUUAUAUCGACACAGACAGCGAACACAACACCGACAUGGUUAUCAGGAUGAUCCAUGAUGUUCCAGCGGGGAGGGAGAUUUGCCUGAGCUAUUUUCCGGUUAACCAGAGCUAUUCGAACCGGCAGAGGACUCUGGCGGAGGACUAUGGCUUCGCUUGCCAAUGUGAUCGCUGCAAGGUGGAAACUAAUUGGUCUGACAAUGAGGGUGAGGAAGAAGAAGAGUGUAUGGAUGAGGACCAAGACCAGGAAAUGGAAGCAGCCUUGGAAUCAGAACUGGAAUCCGGAAAUAACAUUGAAGAAGCCGAAGCUCAAGCCCAACGGGAAGCCGGGAUAACGUCGAAGAAGCCGAAGCUCAAGCCCAAGGGGAAUCCGAUUUCCCACACGCCUAUUUCUUUCUCAGGUUCAUGUGCAAUAGAACCAAUUGCUGGGGCACUCUUGCUCCAUUGCCCCCAAAAGAUGACGGAACUUCUUCGAAUGUCAUGGAGUGCAAUGUCUGUGGCAACCUUCAGAAAGAUGAGGAUAGCUAACUAACUGCUCUCUUGGUUGCUGGCUUUGUAAACAUUGGUGAAGGAGCACGGGCAGACAUCCGCCAGCACCAAUCAUUCAAACUGCGUGACCCGAUAAUGUGGUGGUCCGAUAUGCUAUAGGCGGUAAGAUUUUUGCUUUACUCAAAAGAAAACUCAUAGCAAUCAAUGAAUAGCUAAUGACAUCCAAUUGAUUGGAAAACUUACUUGUGUAAUAGGCCUAUUACAAGUUUGGUUUUGGUAACUGACUAUUCCCCUUUAACUGCUCCACCCUUUUGAUCGAAUCAAAUACGUAGAUGCUUUCCUAAUCACGUUAUAUGAAUCACCCCACUUGCUGUUUUGGAGUUUUUGGACCACCAUAUGCUUAUUAUAGUUGCACCGCCUACUACUCUCGUGUUUGUAAUGCUUCCAACUUUAUCAGUGCGUAAUGCCCCUGCAAAAGUUAUUAAGGGUGAUUGUGUUUUCAGGUUUAGGACGUCAUGAACGGCGUUGUCCGUGGCUACAGCAUGUAAUCGUGUUUUACCUAAUUUUUGUUACUCUGCUUAACGAUGGGUUUGGACGAGGGAUUUCUAGCUAUUUUACAAUUUAGGGUUUAGAAUUUAGGUUUAACCAUAAACACUAAACCCUACAAACAGAUUGUCUACCCUCCUGUUAUAGUGUCCUUGCUAUCCCCUUCUAUUUGUACAGUCACGGUUAAGCAACGUCAAUAUUUUAUAUUCCUAUUAUUUUUUGUCUUAGCUUUAUAAAAAAAUCAAUAUAAAAUGUUAACAUGACUUAAUUGUGACCGCACAAAUAGGAAAGGAUGAGAAGGGCACCAUAACAGGAGGGCAGACAAUCUGCCUCCGAUGAAAAUAUACGGUAUGAGUAAUGGGCAUUACCAAAUCACUUUUAACUGAAUCAUUUCAAGUAAUCAUUUGUAAAUCACUCUAAGUACAUUGAAUCUACUCAUUUUAAAUUCCCCAAUUUCAUAUUUUGUACAUUUUUAAUGUGUUUCGGCGAAGCAGCUUAUACGGAAAGCAGUGUCAAAGUGCUUCUGCAAUAAUUACUUAAAUUUUGUUACAGAGUUGGACAUGUUUUUUUUUUUUAAAUUUGAGACAUCAAAAUGCUUGUGAACAUAAAUGUUCACUAAAUAAAGCAAUCUGUCAUUAAUAUCGUGUAGGUAUAUGUUGUUGAUAUUGAUGUUAGAAAAAUGUUUUUGACACACUCAGAUGUUUAAUCCGCCUCACAUUGUAUGUAUUUUUUUUUAAUCUUUUUUUAGUAGAGCAAUAAUGUUAAUGGAUCACAUAGAUAGUUGUUAAAAAAAGAUUAUUGCUAAGAAUUGAACUUACAUUACAUGACAUGAGUAAUUAUUUUUUGUCACUGCGAUAAAACUUCGGAUGCAAAAUCAAAUGAAAAUAGUUAUGCGAUAAAACUUCGGAUGCAAAAUCAAAUGAAAAUAGUUAUGAGCUGCCUACCAUAUUCAUGGAAUUUUUUUGAAGCAUAGUGGAGUGGGGCGGGGCGGGUUUGCUUUGUGCUUUUGCUUAUUUGUCUGCGUUAUCUUUGCCCAUGUCCGUUCCUUACCAAUGAGGAUCUUAAGAUAUUUAAAUCGUGUCCGUUUAACAUUUAUCGUACGA